AAUAAUUGAUUUAACAAACAAAACUUUGUCAGCAAAAAUUCACUAUAAAAACUCUGUCCCUCUGUGGAGAUUUUCACAAACCACCAGCCAUGAGAGCUGUAGUGCUAGCCUUGACAGUCGCCCUUGUGGCAUGUCAACAGAUUAACCUUGUUCCUGAGUUUGCUCCUGAUAAGACCUAUGUGUACAACUAUGAGGCUCAGCUCUUGGGUGGUCUUCCUCAAGAAGGUCUGGCCAGAGCAGGAAUAAAAGUCAGCAGCAAGGUUCAUCUCACCGCUGUGACAGAAAAUAUCUUUCUGAUGAAGCUCAUGGAUCCUGUGCUCCACGAGUAUGGCGGCAUCUGGCCCAAGGAUUCUUUCAUUCCUGCCACUAAGCUCACUGCAGCACUGUCAGCUCAGCUUCAAAUUCCCAUCAAGUUUGAGUACGCUAAUGGUGUGGUUGGAAAGGUAUUUGCCCCAGCAGGAGUUUCCCCUACUGUCAUGAACUUGCACAGAGGAAUCCUCAACAUCCUUCAGCUCAACCUCAAGAAGACCCAGAACAUUUAUGAACUGCAAGAGGCUGGAGCUCAGGGAGUGUGUAGGACCCACUAUGUCAUCAAUGAGGAUCAAAAGACAAACCACAUUAUUGUCACCAAGUCUAAGGACCUCAGCCACUGUCAUGACAGAAUCAUAAAGGACAUUGGCUUGGCAUACACUGAGAGAUGUUCUGAAUGCACACGGAGGGAUAAGAGUCUGAUUGAAACUGCAACUUACAACUACAUCAUGAAACCAUCUGCAAAUGGUGUACUGAUAACUGAAGCAACAGUUGAGGAAGUGCAUCAGUUUUCACCCUUCAAUGAGAUGCAUGGUGCUGCUCUGAUGGAGGCAAAACAAACAUUGGCUUUUGUUGAGGUUGAGAAGAACCCAGUUGUUGCCAAUAAAGGUGAUUACCUGCACCGUGGAUCCCUGCAGUACGAGUUUGCAACUGAGGUUCUUCAAUCCCCAAUUCAACUCAUGAGGAUCAGUGAUGCACCAGCCCAGAUCAUAGAGGUCCUAAAACACUUGGUCACUAACAAUGUGGUCAUGGUCCAUGAUGAUGCUCCACUGAAGUUUAUUCAGCUCGUUCACCUUCUGCGUGUCGCCACCAUGGAGAAUACUGAGGCUAUUUGGGCUCAAUUCAAGGACAAACCAGUUUACAGGCGCUGGCUUCUGGAUGCUCUUCCUGCUGUUGGGACACCAGUCGUUGUAAAAUUCCUUAAGGAGAAGUUUCUGGCUGGGGAACUUAAAAAUUAUGAAUUCAUUCAGGCUCUUGUGAUGGCUCUGCAAAUGGUGACUGCUGAUUUGGACACAAUCAAGUUCACUGCUAGUUUGGCAAUGAAUGAGAAAGUCGCCGCAAUCCCAGCAGCACGUGAAAUAGUCAUGCUUGGAUAUGGUUCUAUGAUUGCCAAAUACUGUGAUGCAGUACCCACCUGCAAUCCUGAGCUCCUCAAGCCUAUUCAUGAUAUUGCUGCAGAAGCCAUUGCCAAAAACGACAUUCGUGAAAUCUCAUUGGUUCUGAAAGUUCUGGGCAAUGCUGGUCACCCUGCUAGUCUUAAAACAAUCACUAAGGUCCUUCCAGGACUGAGAACUGCGGCUACUACUCUGCCCAUUAAAGUCCAGGUUGAUGCCAUCCUGGCCCUGAGGAACAUUGCCAAGAAGGAGCCAAAAUUGGUUCAGCCACUGGCCUUGCAGCUCUUAGUGGACAGGGCUCUCCACCCUGAAGUGCGCAUGGUUGCUUGCAUUGUGUUGUUUGAGUCAAAGCCCUCAGUGGCUCUUGUCUCCAGCCUUGCUGGUGCUUUGAGACUUGAGACCAACAUGCACGUGGCAAGCUUUGCCUAUUCUCACAUUAAGUCAUUGACCAGAAUCUCUGCUCCUGAUAUGGCAUACGUUGCUGGUGCAGCAAAUGUUGCUAUCAAACUCCUGAGCUGCAAGCUGGGCAGGCUUAGUUACCAUUUCAGCAGAGCCCUUGAGCUGGACAUCUAUCAUACUCCUCUAAUGAUUGGAGCUGCUGGUAGUGCCUAUAUGAUCAAUGAUGCCGCCACCAUCCUGCCCAGAGCUGUCAUAGCUAAAGCACGUGCCUACCUGGCUGGAGCUGCUGCUGAUGUUCUUGAGAUUGGUGUGAGAACUGAAGGAAUCCAAGAAGCUCUUCAGCAAUCACCUGCUGCAGAUCAAAGUGCUGACCAUAUCACAAAGAUAAGGCGCACACUAAAAGCAAUCACCAACUGGAAGUCUCUGCCAGACAAUCAGCCAUUGGCUUCAGUCUACAUUAAAUUAUUUGGACAAGAAGUGGCUUUUGUGAACAUUGACAAGACUCUCAUUGAACAAGCAAUACCGCUUGCUACAGGACAAAAACAGCGUGAACUGUUAAGGGAAGCCCUUAAAGCACUGCAGGAAGGAUAUGCCAUGCAGUAUGCCAAACCCCUGUUAGCAGCUGAAGUGCGUCGUAUCUUGCCAACAGCAGUUGGUGUGCCCAUGGAGCUCAGUUUGUACACUGCUGCUGUUGCUGCCGCAACUGUCAAUGUUAAGGCCACUAUCACACCUCCUCUUCCUGAGCAACAUGACAGCUUAACUCUUGACCAGCUGAAGAGGACUGAUAUUCAUCUGCAAGCUGAAGCUAAACCAAGUAUUGCUCUGCAGACCUUUGCUGUGAUGGGAGUAAACACUGCCUUGAUCCAAGCUGCUGUAAUGGCCAAAGGAAAGCUUCGUACUAUUGUCCCUGGAAAAGUAGUUGCAAGAGCAGACCUUCUCAAGGGCAACUACAAGGUGGAGGCCCUGCCUGUUGAGGUUCCUGAACAUAUUGCUACCAUGAGCUUUGAGACUUUUGCUGUGGUCAGAAAUAUUGAAGAUCCCACUGCUGAGAGAAUUGUUCCUUUGGUAUCAGAGUUAUCUGUUCAAAACUCUCAGACUAAUUCUGGUGAACAGUCUUCAGAGAGACAUUAUUAUAGUGCAUCGGCUGAGGUCCGGUCUGUGAGAACUUCGGCUCCACUCCACAAGACUAUGUGUUAUGUUGUCCCAUACAUCGAAAUCAAGGGAUGUGUUGAGGUGAACUCCCGCAACGCUGCAUUCAUCAGGAAUGCUCCUCUAUAUUACAUAAUUGGACAGCAUUCAGCACGUGUUGCUAUAGCAAGAGGUGAUGGUCCUGCAGUUGAAAGAUUGGAGUUUGAAGUCCAAGUUGGCCCUAAAGCAGCUGAGAUGCUCAAUAAGCAAAUCAACCUUAUUGAUGAGGAGACUUCAGAGGGAAAGACAAUCCUGUUGAAACUGAGGGACAUCCUGGAGGCUCAAGCCAAAAAUGCAACUUCUAAGAGUAGCAGCAGCAGCAGCAGCCGAAGCAGCAGAAACAGCAGAAGCAGCAAAAGCAGCAGCAGUAGCAGCAGAAGCAGCAGCAGCCGCAUCAACCGUUCCAGCAGUUCCAGCAGUUCAAGCAGUUCAAGCAGUUCAAGCUCCUCCAUUUCCAGCUCUCGCAUGAGUAAGAAUCCCACCAUCAUUGAGCCUUUUAGGAAAUUCCACAAAGAUCGGUUCAUGGCACCCCAUGGAGCCUCAAAGGCAAGAAGCAGUGGAAGCACUGGAUCUAGUUUUGAGGUCAUUCAGAAACAAGCUAAGUUCCUUGGAAACUCUAUCCCACCUGUUUUUGCUGUUUUUGCCCGUGCUGUGAGAGUUGACCGAAAACUCCUGGGCUACCAACUUGCUGCAUAUUUUGACAAGCCAACUGCGAGAGUGCAGCUUGUUGUGGCCGCAAUUGCUGAAAAUGACAACAUGAAGAUUUGUGCUGAUGGUGCCCUGCUUAGCAAGCACAAAGUUGUGGCAAAGGUUGCUUGGGGUCCAGAGUGUCAACAAUAUCAAGUCACUGCCAAAGCUGAGGCUGGUGUUCUUGGAGAAUUCCCUGCCGCCCGUUUGGAGCUGGAAUGGGAAAGACUUCCAAUAAGUGUCACCAACUAUGCCAAAAAGCUGUCUAAGCAAAUCUCUAUGGCAGCUCUCCAGGCAGGAUUCAAACUUGAAAGAGCCACAAACAGCGAUAAAGAGAUUGAACUGACCGCAGCCUUGCCAAAUCAAAGGACUCUGAAUGUCAUGGCUAGGAUUCCAGAGAUGACAAUGUCAAGAAUGGCGAUUCAUCUCCCGUAUGCUGUUCCCAUCAAUCCAGAUGGAACCUUUUCCAUUCAUAUUGAUGAGGACAUUCUGACCUGGCUUAAGAAGCAACUGGAGGAAUAAUUAACAAAUUAGACUUAAAUAAAAAAUGUUUAUAUAAUUGUUGUUGACAUUUUAAUUAAAAAUGUUUGUAAUGUGAUCCUAAUAAAUUUUCAGCAAGCAUC